CAACAGACGUCAAUUCCGUCGGCAGAUAAAACACCGCUCUCUCUCAUCAUCGUUAUCGUUGUCUUCCAUAUCUGACAUCGUCUUUUUGUUUUUAUUAUUAUUAUUUUUUUCGUUGUGAUUAAAUUGUUCAUGUUUUUGUAUUAUAUUUGUGUAAGCAUUAAAGCCGCAAUCGUGAAAGCGUGAACAUGGCUGGUGAAAUUUGUUUCGCAAUAUUAACAAUAAGUGACACCUGUAGCCAGGACACCAGCAAAGACCGCAGUGGCCCUCGAUUGGUUGCGCUCAUACGUGAAGCAUUUCAAAAUGCACAUAUCCUAUCAGCUAUACUACCGGAUGAACGUGAGCAGAUCAGCGAUAAGUUACGUCAACUUGUUGCACAGCGAAAUCCCAGCGUUAGUGCCAUCAUAACCACAGGCGGCACUGGCUUUGCUCCACGUGACGUAACGCCGGAAGCAACUAAAUUUCUUCUUGACAAAGAAUGCCCACAACUGGCACAGUAUAUUGCGCAAGCGUCACUUCAGAUAACCAAAUUCGCCGCACUAACCCGUGGUGUUUGCGGUAUUGCCGGCAGCACGCUGAUACUCAAUUUUCCAGGCAGUGAAAAAGCAGUGACAGAAUGUUUUGAAGUGGUACGCGAUCUAUUGCCACAUGCGUUGCAAUUAAUAGGCAAUGAAUUGCCCUUAGUACGACGUGUACAUGCAGAGUUGCAAGCGACUGUUGGUAAUGCAUCGACAAGUGGGCACGUGUGCCCCCAUCAGACAGGAAAAGGUGAUGAUAGCGAUAGGAACUCGCCGUUUCCCAUGAUAUCUGUAGUUCAGGCUCUAGAGGUGAUCUUUCAAACAGUGCAACAACAACGGGCAGUCGCACAAUUACUGAAUGAUUUUGUGGCACCAGUGGAUAUACCACCAUUUCGGGCUUCCAUUAAAGAUGGUUACGCAAUGAAAUCUACAGGUUUUUCGGGUACCAAGAAAGUACUCGGCUAUAUUUCAGCAGGCGAUGAGGUCAUAGUGCACGAUCUGGAAGAGGACGAAUGUUAUAAGAUAAACACAGGUGCACCAGUGCCACAUUACGCCGAUUGCAUCGUCCAAGUAGAAGAUACAAAAUUGCUAAAGCGAAAAAAGACGGGCGAAGAAGAUUUAGUUGAGAUUUUGGUUGAACCACAGGCGAACUUGGAUAUACGUCCCAUUGGUACUGAUCUUCGUAAAGGCAGCAAACUCUUUCCCUCUGCCGAUCAUUCAGCCGUGGUAAUCAAAUCCAUACUCUCAUCGGUGGGCAAACAUUUGACUGGUGUGCGCAAGCCAAAAGUUGGCAUUAUCUCCACCGGCAGUGAAUUGCUGGCGCCAUCACAGCCUGAAGCAAAGGGUAAAAUUUACGAUUCCAAUACAACAAUGCUCGAGGAGCUGCUGCAAUAUUUUGGUUUUGAAUGCGCACAAAAGGUGGUGCUGAGUGAUGACUUUGAAAUCGUUAAAGGAAAAAUCGAGGAAUUAUUCAAAAGUGUGGACUUCAUCAUCUGCAGUGGCGGCGUAUCAAUGGGUGAUAAGGACUAUAUCAAGCCGGCGCUGCAGGCUUUGGGUUUCACGCUCAAUUUCGGACGCGUUAACAUGAAGCCAGGCAAACCAAUGACCUUCGCCUCCAAGCAAGAUCAUUACUUCUUUGGUCUGCCCGGUAAUCCAGUUUCCGCGUUCGUCACGUUUCAUUUGUUUGUUUUGCCGGCAAUACGUUGGUUUGCCGGCUGGGAGCGUGAUAAGUGCGAGUUGGCGUCAUUGCCGAUAACUCUACAAAACGAGAGCAUUGCACUCGACCCGCGCCCGGAAUAUGUACGCGCUUCCGUGACGAGCAAAAACGGUCGCUUAUACGCCUCGGUCAAUGGCAGUCAAAUGAGCAGUCGCUUGCAGAGCAUAGUCGGCGCUGAUGUAUUGGUCCACCUGCCUGGGCGCACAUCGGAUAAGCCGUGCGCCGUCGCGGGCGAUGUGUACCGCGCUUCGGUGUUGCGCUAUGAUUUUAUCUCGAAAUACGAAUAGAAGUGCGUACAAAAUGUACUCACUCACAUGCAAAUGCAUGUAUGCACAACAUUUCCUACUGGGUGUGGCCUUUUUGCACUUUCAAAUAUUAUUUUAGUAAAAUAAAGUUAUAAAGUAAAACAAAAAAAAAA